AUGGCGCAGCCGCAGCCAUCAAUUCAGCCAGAUAAGCAGCCUACUAUUGUUCAAGAUGCAGCGCUCGUUCAAUUGGUUGCCGAAGUCCUGAAUACAACUCCCAAGGCGGCGACGCAACUCCUGGCCGUCCUUCCAAACAUCAAGCAAAUGGUACCCGGGAUUGAAGAACCCCAGAACGUCGAAUUGUAUAAAAAGCUCCUCCUCGUGAAAGAAACAGUCUCCAAAUAUUAUGCAAGCAAGAGGCUAGAAGGCUCGCAAUCUCGCCACUCUGAGCAGUGGAACAUGGAGCCUGUUCUCCCACCUCAGCAGAUUCAUCCGAGCGCAAACGUGAUGCCAAUGCCAUUUGUCAUCAGCAACAAGAUUCAUGAUCCAGAAGACCUCAGUAAGACUGUCAGCACCAACCCACAAGCUCAUGCAGACCCUGGUCCAAUUGCCUGGCCUGCCCCGAGAGCGACGCUCACUGGAGGAUAUCCUGCUGGUCUACAAGAUGGCACGCCAUCUGCAAUACAACCGCCAGCCGACGAUCCGGCUUUGUUCGUUGCAGACAUUCGCCCCACCAGCCUACGAAAGAACCAAGGAGUCGAAUCUCACGUAAGAAAGAAGAUUCAAGAUCUUGUGGCCACUGUGGAUCCAAAUGUCAAAGUUGAUGCUGACGCUGAAGAUCUCUUGUUGGAAAUAGCCGAUGAAUUCAUCGACUCUGUCGCAAACUUUGCAAGCCGACUUGCUAAGCACCGAGGCGUCAACGACGUAGAGUUGCGAGACCUACAACUCCAUCUAGAGAUGCACCAUGGAAUUCGGAUACCGGGCUUCUCCGUCGAUCCACCUUCUCAGGCUGCCGCACAAGCCGCUGGAGGUCCAGCCGCCUCUGGCUCUGGAAGUGGUGGAACGAAGAAAGGGGGUGUCCCUAUCAAUGCUGGUAGUGGUGCAUCAGUCAAGCGAGGUGCGAGACUGGCUGCUGUCACCCAAGUCAAAAAGGAGUCUCGACUGCUCUGA